AUGGCAGACGAGCAAAAGACCGACCCCACCACUGCCCCUCCAGAGGCCGUUGAGGACAAGAAGGAAGAAACCACCACGACCGAACAGACAGGCGACGAGAGUGCUAAGACGGUUGAGGCAGAGGGUGACAAGGCAGAUAAGCCAGCUGCUACAGAGGAGAGCAAACCAGCCACGACUGACUCCGUUUUCUCCAUGUUUGGCGGUGGUCCUCCAAAGGAGAAAAAGGAGCAGGAAGAUGAUGCUAACGAGCCAUCUGGUUCCUCCAAGAAGAAGACUGAGGGUGGUGAUGACGACCCCGAGGCUGAAGCGGACGUACAUUUCGAGCCAGUCAUCCGCCUGACCGAGAAGGUCGAGGUUAAGACCAACGAGGAGCUGGAGGAGCAGACCUUCAAGAUGCGCGCCAAACUCUUCAGAUUUGACCGGGAGUCCAAGGAGUGGAAGGAGCGUGGAACCGGUGACGUUAAGCUGUUGAAGCACAAGGAGAACCACAAGACUCGAUUGCUCAUGCGAAGAGACAAGACCCUCAAGGUCUGCGCCAACCACUACGUCGUUCCUGACAUGAAGCUGUCACCAAACGUUGGCAGCGAUCGAAGUUGGGUGUGGAAUGCCGCUGCGGAUGUCAGUGAGGGCGAACCAGAGGCCCAGACCCUGGCCAUCCGCUUUGCCAACAGUGAGAACGCUGCUCUCUUCAAGGAAGCCUUUGAGAAGGCCCAGGAAGAGAACGCCCUUCUCUUCGGCAAGGAAUAA